CAUCACUGCUGGGCACUGACUGGCGGCACUGACUGGCACAACCCCUGGGCACUGACUGGUGGCACUGACUGGCAGCACUGCUGGGCUGCACUGGUGGGUGGCACUGGUGGGUGGGCACAGGUGGUUGGCACUAGUGGGCACAGGUGGGUGGGCACAGGUGGGUGGCACUGCUGGGUGGCACUGCUGGGCACAGGUAGGUGGCACUUCUGGGCACAGGUGUGUGACACUGCAGAGUGGCACAGGUGGGUGCACUGCUGGGCACAGGUGGGUGCACUGCUGGGCACAGGUGGGUGAUCUGCUGGGCACAGGUGGGCGGAGCUAGUGGGCGCACUGCUGGGCACAGGUGGGCGGAACUUGCGGGUGGCAUUGCUGGGCACCGAUCAUCAGGGCACUGAUCGAUCUGACAGAGUGAGGAAAGUGCAGCCGAGAACCGGCACUUGCAUUUCCCUGUGAUCAGCGUGUCAUUGGACACCGCUGAUCAC